AUGCCACACCAUUCUUUCCAUUUAAUUCUAUCCUCUUUACUGUUUCCUUUUUUUUUUAAUUUUUCGUCAACUCUCUCCCUCCCCCUCUCUCUCUCUCUUUUUGGUCUUUAUUGCAGCCUUUCUUGAACCAUUCCUAGUCCCUUGCCGCCACCCUUCAUGUUUUUCCUCUGUUACAUAAAAAUCAAAACUUUGUUUUCAUAUAUCUCAAUUAUAGCUUAAUUCAUCUAUAGGAGCAAAAUCAGAAGAUUUUGAAGAUGCAAGAAUGGUUGAAGAUUACUUUUGUAGCAGUUUCAAGUGGAGUUCUUGUUUUAAUUAUGAUCAUAAUAAUUCAGAGAAGAUGUUGUCCACGAAAACGUAGAGAAUCAAAUUCAGAAAGACCUCAAAAUUUGCAAAAUGGGAUUUCAAAACUUCACACAGUAAGUCUUCAUCAUCUUGAUCGUGAUGGUACAAAGAAAACAAAUUAUUAUGUUUUCAAACAAGGGGUAAUAUCGACCAAAAACUUUUUCAAUUGGUCUGAUCAUCCAUCUUUAGUAACUGAUGCUGUUGAAAAUGGAUGGUCAAGAUUUGGUUUCACAACUUAUGCUCCAUCUCCAUCCGUUCGAUCAGCUAGGUCUCUUUUAGGAUCAUGUGGUGUAGGUGAAAAUGGAAAUGAAUUAGAAGUUGAUAUGAGUUGGGAAAUUUGUCAAGGUUCAGCUGAUUUUAUGCAAAAAAUUAGAUUUAAUUCUGGGAUUAAAAAACAAACCAAAAGUUCUAAUUUAAUGUCAGCUUCUUCUGUUAUAAAAACUUGUUUACCUUUGCCUGGACCCCAUUUAGGAAAUUCAUCAUUUCCACAAGAAGCUUAUUUUGAGAUUACAAUUUUGCCUUAUAAUCAAGAAGAUGGUGAAAUCAUGGGAAAAGCAAAGGAGGAUAAUAUUGAGAAAAUUAAGCUUAUUAGAGAGGAUUCUAAUUCAAAAGCAAAUUCAGAAUCUUUGGUUCAUGUUACAAGUAGUCAAAGGCAAAAUGGACAUCAAAAAAUUCAAGAAUCAAAGGACAAUUUCAGGAGUGAUUUUAUUGUGUUAUCAAUUGGGCUUACAAAUGGUGGUUCUCUUCCACCUAAGAUUCCAGGCAGUUAUUCAGGUUCUAUUGGAUUUAACUCAAAUGGUUCUGUAUUUCUUGAUGGAAUGAAACUGGUGUAUGAAUCACAAAGAGAAGAAUGGGGAAAAGCAGAAAAGGUAAUUGGUUGUGGAUACAAUCCAAGCCAAAAGAAGGUGUUUUUCACAGUGGAUUCACUACUAGUACACGAAAUCCGUUGCAAAUCAGAAGAAUUUGGAAAUCCAUUAUAUCCAACUUUAGCAGCAAAUGGUGACAUUUUGGUAUUAGUAAAUCUUGGACAAAGUGUAUUCAGAUAUCCACCAGCAAAUAUACAAAGAACACCAAAUCCUUGCUUCAUUGGUCCUUUGGCAAAUUCACCAGUUUUGGGAUAUGAAGAUAGUAAAGAACUUUUCUCAAUGGGUAGAAUUGAUGCUCAGUGGCUUAACAGAAGUACUACUACAACAAGAAGCAAUAACAAUACUGUCAAUAGUUUGAAACAAGUAUUAGAUUAUGAUUUGGAGUCUGAAGGUGAUUUAUUUGAAAUUGUAUUGGAUAAUAAUAGUUCUACAAGAUCUCCUAACCCUUUGUAGCAUAAACAAAAAGAAUCAUAUUAAACAUCAUAUUUGUACAUGUUUUUGGUUUUAAUGAGACAUUUAGAUUGUUGGUUCCAAUU